AUGUCCAUGCCCAAGAAAACAGACAAAACCAGAGGCCGAGUCCAGCAAAGAGAGCCUGCACCACGCCAAGCCGUCUGGAGGCCGUUCUGCUGGGGAGGAAGGAAAGGUGGAACGCUCUGCAACAUCUCCAAUUAUCAUGGACGAGGUGCCGCCAGCUUCCACAGACUCAAACAGCAGAAGACGGACUUGUACUUGGAUUUGGCAGGAGGGAGGUCUGCAACGCCAGCUGUCCCCCCCAGCCCCCAGCCCCCCCAAACACUUCAGACAUCAUCACAAGUCCAAAGGCUCGGGGCUCUAGAGAAGAUGAUGGUGCAAAUUGACGGAUAA